ACUGCCUUGAGACAUUCAUUGCGCAGAAGUUUUUCUUUCCAAGGCUCUUUUUGCAUAUGAAUUGAUUACCACUAGACAGUUGUGGAGUUCAAUUCGGGAUUGGCACACGAUAGAUAUCUACCGGACCAUUACCAGUCCACCAAGUGACUCACCAUGGCAGACAACAUGCCUAGCACCUACACCACUACGACUACAACAACCACGCGCACCAUCUUCUUCGACAAGACCAUGCUGCGCAGGAAAGAAGUGAUCCUAAAGAUGGCUGAGAUGCUGUUCUGCAUACUCGGCAUGAUCUGCGUGGCAUCCACAUACAAUCCGUACUCGAGUCCGGCCAGCUUCUACUACUUCUGCGCUACGACCGGCCUCGUUGUGGGUCUCAUCUUGUUCAUCAUCUAUGUGACUCAUCUGCGUGACAAGGCGGCCCCCACCCUGCGGCUCAACUUCGUGGAGAUGGUCUACAGCGGUAUCCUCUGCAUCUUUUUCAUAGCCGGCUCGAUUGCUGCCAUCACACGCGCACAAAAAUACUAUGGCGAGACUGGCCUGAUGGUGGCAGGGGUGUUUGGAUUGAUCCUGGCGGCGCUGUACGCCAUCGAGACAUUCAUCAUGUACCGGGCCUGGAGGUCGGGCGCCACUAUGAGCGCCGCACAGACCACCACCGUCCGGCAGGUGGCCUAGGCGCCGACCGUGGCGCCAUCCAACGGACAAACAGCAACACUCAGCUCGACCCGACGCCGCCAGGGGAUGUCCAAUAUUUCUACAGUAUCGCCGCGAGUUUUGAACUGUUAUGGACUCACUUCAGAUUGCUAUAAAUUGAACCCGGCAUAAUUUGACUAUCGGCGAGACCCCGUUGGUAGUCCAACUCCCUCAGCGUCGAGUCCCCGUCCUGAUAUCCUGACGUCUGACCUCCCCGCCUCGCUGGGUCGCCAUCCGUCACCUCUGCGGCGCUUCCUAUCUCUCCCCCGACGCACCACCGCUCUGUGAAUCUCUGGGUGCGGAGUGGGAAACGCCCGCCGGCUCACCCCGCCCAGGGAGCCCGUCACGAGUUAUUGGCUGGGCGGGUAGCUUCCAAUGAGAAGGUGGCACUUGUUUUGGCUUGUGGCCACACACUGACCGUGUGGGUAUUAUUUCCAGCGUCUGGUCACCGGCCAACCGGCAUUGGGCGACAGAGACGUGCAAGCUAACACCCCGACACUCGGUACCAGUGGGGCUAUCCAAACGGGGCGCCGAAGGUGGCGACAAGCAGUACCUAUGGGCUAUUAUAACAGGUCGGGUGUUGUUAUGUUGUGGUUAGAUGUCAGUGUGGCUCCUUGAACACUAGUCCUUUUUCCUGUUUUCCUAUUUAUCGACCUGCUGUACAACUAAUAUUUGUUUGCCGCUAAAAAUCCACUCGAGGAUUAGGAGUCGAAAGUUGUUCAUGGUUCCGUCCAAAUUUUGAUUUGUGCAGGAUUUCUGAUCUUUCUUUGUAGGGUUCCAGUGUUUUGUAUGUGUCUGGGACUGUCUCUUGUAACCCCUACUAUUAUCACUCCCGUGGUAUUUGUUGCAAGCCUAUUGCCGUGUCCAGCGCUCCACCUAGCACCGUGACUUGUGCUGUGCCUAACUGCUUAGCGCUGUGCCUAGUGUCGUGCCUAGUCUACUGCGUUUGCUCUCACUGGCACUGUCUUCUUGGUGUCUUUUUACGAGUGACUGUCAAACACGACGACUGCCAUCUUGGUAUUGUCUUGCGGAUUGGCUUCCUUGAGUGUAAGUAGUCAGCACUAACUACUCUUUUUGGACCUUCGCUUGUUUGAUGAACUAUUUUGCAUUAACAUUUAUUUGUUUUAGGUUUAUUUUUCGGCGUGAUGUGUGUGUGCGUGUUGCUUACAUUUAUCCAUGCUUUGGCGAUAGGCAUAAUUGCGGUGGGAAUGAUGGCCUUGGUUAAUUUGUAACCGUUCGGCGGAUUUGCCGCUGUGUUCCGGUUGCUAAUCUUCUUUAUUUAGAUACGCUUCUUUCUAAUAGCAAUCUCAUUUGGCAUUAAGUAUCGGUGGGAUACCGUAGUAGUUGUGUUUCUUUUUACCAAUUUUUAUGUAACGCCGAGUGUUCAAAUCCUUGCUAAAACGUUUCUAAUCCUGCAAUGUUGUUUGGAUUACCGUUUUUCAUGGUGUGUCGCAUAAUCGAAUGGUAAAGGCCAAACGGACUUCGUCUAUUAACCGACUGUAUACCAUAAUUCAUAUUACGAUGAUACGGACUUGGUUAGUGUGCCUGUUGGACUUGAAGCAGCUUAGCUGUUGUGAAAGGGUAUCGUGAUUCGUGUGGCCCAUAGCUGUCGCGUGCUUCCAUCUACCAUGUCAGCUCUGUCGUUCGCAGGGAACCAAAGGAGGCCAGUAACCGCCGAUCACUUGCUUUAAUCUAACACAUGCAUAUUGCAUAGCAUAGCAAUGUUUCGCGCUAUUGGUCGUGGUAUGAUAUGCGCCUCGAAUGUGCUGGACAUGUGCCUUUAUUCACUUCGAUUGUAUCCAGCUUUGGUCUGCGUACUUCCAGGAAUCUGCAACGUACCUAUUUAGCCAGAAUUGCUACUGUAGCAGGGUAAUGAUCGUGCCGGCCGUAUUUGGCAAGAUUUGACGAUAUUUGCAGUGAAUCUCGUAUUUUUCUACCGCGCACAUAUUUUCUAAACAUUGUUGAUAGUCUGAACUCUGUUCUAUUACUGAUUUUUUUUCCAAGAGAACCUGAAGUGUUUACAGUAUACUAUAAUAUUAUCAUGAAAGGUGAACGCAUAAUUCUAGCCUAGAUUUUGGAUGCAUUUAUAAUGUCAACUGCUGCCUUAUCACACUGCCUUGCACUGUCCAACACCAGCUUCCAGUAAAUGCGACCCACUUAAUCUGCUGAGACCGCUAUGCACGAACUUUUCAUGUACCGUGACAACACGAGGGGCUUGUCGCGUUUUCGCGCCAUCUGUGGUCAAACGGUAAACAUAGGUCUAUGAGCAGUAAGGGUUGUGGGCCUGUAGCCAUUAGAAGCUAAUGAAUUGAUGAUCACGGCUUGCUUGUUGGUGAAUAUCUAAACGCUGUUAUAUGGCUUUCUGAUGAGUGGGUUGUGGGAUAAUUAGAGUAUACCGCUUGAGCUUGAUGUCGUUUAAAUGUCAGCGUGUAGCUAAUGUGUGAGCACUGUAUGUCCUCAUCGGGCUUGUAAGGCACUAUACCCCCGACACGAGUCUGCGUGAGGCUUUUGUUCGCUUUAGCCGUGCCGGUGAUCUGAUACUAACAUACCCACCCGUCCCCAAUGUGUACCUGGAGCCAGGGGCGUCGCCGACGGGGGGGUCGGGGGGGUCGUGACCCCCCACUCUUGAAAACUGGGGGUGUCGACCCCCCCACUUUUUGCGAUGCUGAGUAUGCUUUUUUAGCUUUUAUGUCAGUGAAGCAGGCGUCAGCAACACCAACAAAUACAUCAGAUUCAGAAUCGCUUCAAGAGCUCCCUAAAGCCAAUUAGCCAAUUACCUAAAGUUCAAUUAGCUAUGGGCGGGGAACACCAGCACAACAAUAUUUUUAAGUAGCCACCAUUCUUGUACCUUUUUAUCCCUCAAAAGAUUGGACGCGCCAAAACUGCCCCGAGCGUUCGUCUGAUCGUUAAAAAAAAAAUGGUCGCAGUCGAUUCGUCGGAUCAGUACCUAACUACAAAACUACAAACUAGCCUCAGCCCCAUGGCUACCGUCACAACUAGCUGUACAGUGCACAUGUAGGGGAAAGGGAGUCAGAUGAAACCGUCUCGGGCUUUCGCAAAGAAGUCGCGCAAAAAGGAGCCGAUUGCAACGAAACUUCCGGUGCGCUCGAGUUAAUCACCUACUAAAAAAUAAAUCGAUAUCCCUGAUUCAAAUAAAGAUGACCUUGGUUCACUUUUUCAUAACAUGCUUUUAAUUUAGGUAUAGGAAAGUUUUUGGAGCUGAUUUUGAACUUAGCGCCCAUCUGAACAUUUAACCCGCGAGUUGCUGGGGGGGGCGUUAAACGCCCCCACUUUUUCGCCGGGCCAUAGCAUAAAAACGGCGCGCCGCAGGCGCGCCAAAUUUUGGGUACCUAUAGGGAAUUGAUUGAAGUUUAUUGUGACAAAGUUUCAAAAAAAUCGGUUGGAAAAUUUUUGAGAUAUCGAGGUUUUAGUGACGUCAUGAUUUCUGAGUUUUCGACCAAAAACGGCAUAUGUUCAAAAAAUCAUAUAAAAUCACAGAAUAGACAUACAGACAUGCCGUAAACGCCAUUAGACUGCCAAUACCAUGAACAAUCAAAUGGCUAUCUUCGAUUAUUGAUUAUCGUUCCGCAUUUUCCAAAAUCUUGAACUGAAUCUUGGCAAUUUCUCGUGACUACUUCACGACCAUGAUACAUGUAUUUCUUAAAUUGAACUUUUUUAGUCAAACACGUACACAUAUGAUAAAAUGUAUUCCACCAUCGUGUUCUACGCCCCAAAUUACCCAUAAAACAUGUGUCACAGGCUGCGAAUAUCAGUUUUGAUUUUCGGGGAUAAGUGCCUGCCCGGUUGACCUGACCUUGACCCUGACCUAUGCUUGACUGACCCCUACAUGGAGCUGACACUCUUGUAGGCCUUAUAUGAUGGAUUGUGCACCGUUUUGACAUAGUUUAUGACGAGAGGCGCCCAUUGCGAAGUCCUGAAGUCCAUGCUACUGAAAGCCCGAUUUCAGGUGUUUGACCUGACCUUGACCCGACCUGUGACCUCAAAAUUCAACUUUAAAGUACUCAUCUGAAGCGUCUCGUCGCGUUCUUUCGUUUGCCGCCUCGUGCGUUUCGCUGCGCCUAUUGGUUCUCGAGUUAUCGGCUGGGGGCGUUUAACGCCCCCCCCCCCCCAGCAAACGGUGGGUGGCGAAAUACCCCAGCUACUGCCGGGUUAAGAAGUAGUUGUGCUGCUUAUACAUAUGUAUAACAUGUUAGGAAGCAAUCGGUGGUGGUCAUCCACUAUUAGGUACUGGUCGAUCUGACCUGACCUGAUCUACCCCAAAUGCAUGGAGUCAUCGUCUUCGUUCAAAACUAAGAUAACAUUCGUAAUCAGAACCUCGAAAAACCAUCACAACUGACAUUCGCAAAGUUCUAGCAGGUCCCGAGUUUCCCUACUUAAUGGCGAUGACCUGAGUCCUGAGAUGACCCGAAACCUUGUAAAUGGGUAUCAUCGGCUUUCUCUCGUCACGGGCAGCAUGCUCUUUUUUCCGCAAACCUCUAGAUCGAUCAGGGGUCGAAAGCAUACCUCAGCGGUACUUUAGUAUAAGUUAUACGUUAGCGACUGGGAACCCACCAAUAGAAGGGCUACAGUGAAGCAGAAAACAUAUUCGAUAGCUCUUUCAACGCUCUUUCGCUAGCUUCGCGUCAGAUUUCAUCUCAGGUCUAUGUUUUGCCCAUAGAAGGCAAACAGCUAGCUGGACAGAUUCUGCCGAAACAUUUGCUUUGCAAUAACUUUAGAUUCCGUGAAUUUGUUUGGUAUUUACAUAUGUUGUCUUGCCACCACCGUGUUUAUUUCUUUGAGACGCGUCACAUGAGUUAAAAUUUGACCAUUCAGAAUUAACGUUAAAACGACCUCAGGUCAACGUUAUGUCAUGAUCGAAAAAGGACCUCCUGCUGCAUAUGAAUGGAUCCGUGUUGUUGAGCUGAACAGUGAACACCUUCCAGGUGCUGUCAUCGCUCUACCGCGUCUUCGUCAAAAGUUUAGAAAAAAAAAUGCUGGUGGCCAUCGAUGGACAUUUCCACUAAUGACCUUUCGAGACAUCACUCGCCAUUAUAAGUUGCACCCUGUCCCUGGCAAUGAUGAGCUGAUUUGUCAUGGCUCCAAAGAUAUUUUGCGUUUCUGACGAACUUUUUCAAAGCAGGAGGCAUUCGUGCUUUUUCUAAUUUCUCAUUAUUUUCUAAUGAUGAGGUCACGUAUUUGACCUGCCUCCAGAUCAUAGAUGCAAAUCCUCAGAAUAAUGAAUUGCUGAUACGUAUAACCCCAUACAUUAGGUAUACAGUGUACCAAAUUUCGAAGUUAUGGGAGAAAAGCUACAAGAAUGGCGAGAGAAGAAAGUUUGAUAGAGGUAUACCGUAUAACUGAACUUGACAUGGCGACCUGACCUUAAGUGACCAGUGAUAAUUUUUACGCAAGUGAUGUAGGUAGGUAUACCUACCUAAUAGGUUAUACCAAAAUUCGCGGCGCUUCGCGCCGAUUUGUUACACACGCGCACACACACAUACGCACGCACAAAACUGGGAAGUGUGGCAAAAAAAAAACACCCCUACCCAUCGGGUGAAGACUAGAAACCCGACCCCCCCACUCAAAAAUCCGUGGCGACGCCCCUGCCUGGAGCCGUGUGUAGUCGGCCUUUCACACUGCUGCAUCCCCGCCGAUGUCGGCCGGUCGUCUGACUUGCCCUCGCGCGGUGAGCAGCACGCUUGUGCCCUCGGACUGGGGGUCGUGGCCGAUUCGGUGCAGCUUGUAGUUGUGUUAUCCCUGAGGCAAAUACAUUAAAACAGGCUU